UGAGGAUGCUAGUGAGACUGACCUGGCAAAGCAUGAUGAAGAAGAUUACGUAGAAAUGAAAGAACAGAUGUAUCAGGACAAACUGGCUUCUCUCAAGAGGCAAUUGCAACAACUACAGGAAGGUACGUUACAGGAAUAUCAGAAGAGAAUGAAAAAACUAGAUCAGCAGUACAAAGAGAGGAUACGAAAUGCAGAACUCUUCCUCCAGCUGGAAACUGAACAAGUGGAAAGAAAUUACAUUAAAGAAAAGAAGGCAGCAGUGAAAGAAUUUGAAGACAAGAAGGUGGAGCUGAAAGAGAACCUGAUUGCUGAGCUGGAAGAAAAGAAGAAAAUGAUUGAAAAUGAAAAACUAACAAUGGAACUGACUGGAGAUUCUAUGGAAGUGAAACCUAUCAUGACCAGAAAGUUGCGGAGGCGCCCAAAUGAUCCUGUUCCCAUCCCGGACAAGAGGAGGAAGCCUGCUCCUGCCCAGCUAAACUAUUUGUUAACAGAUGAACAGAUCAUGGAGGAUCUGAGAACAUUAAAUAAGCUUAAGUCACCCAAGAGACCAGCCUCCCCAUCCUCUCCUGAACACUUGCCUGCCACACCUGCAGAAUCUCCAGCUCAGAGAUUUGAAGCUCGGAUAGAAGAUGGCAAACUGUACUAUGAUAAAAGAUGGUACCACAAGAGCCAAGCCAUCUAUCUGGAGUCAAAGGACAACCAGAAACUGAGCUGUGUGAUCAGCUCUGUUGGUGCCAAUGAGAUCUGGGUGAGGAAGACAAGUGACAGCACCAAGAUGAGGAUCUACUUGGGCCAGCUGCAGCGCGGGCUCUUUGUGAUUCGCCGGCGGUCAGCGGCUUGACUCUCUACAGUGUUCUUCUUCCUUUGAUCCUUUUUCUGGAGUGGUUUUUAUUUUUGUUUUGUUUUCUUUUUAAUAGAACAUUUUUAACUUACUGGGAAUAGCUACUCGGCCCUGGAAAUGGAGAACACUGUCAUGGAUUCCUCAAGACACGUUUGUAGCCGGCCACUUCCAUCUUUUUGUCAGUCUCUUCUGCCUCGUCUUCUUCCAGACAUCAUUCACCAUGGGACUUUUUUGCUUUCAGGAGUUUUGGGGGUUUGAUAUACCUCCCUUUUAUUUAGUUACUUUUUGCUUGUACUUUUUAACCUCUUUUGAGUUUGAAGAGACAGUUCUUUUUAUUAAUUAUCUUUAGGUCUUUCUGCCAUGGAGAAGAGCAGGAAGGGGGAUACACUCUACAAUACAUUUUCAUGUUUUGAAACUGAUUAAUGGAUCACCUAGCUACUUCGCUUGUCAAGCCCAAUUCUCUGUUUCCCCAGAAGCUUGGGGCAGAGGGCCUAGUAGAAGGAGAUUAAUUCUCCUGGCUCUCAGCCUUUUCAGAGAAAUAAAUGCCUUGUGUAACAUCUGGCACAUGCCAUCCAUUCUGCUGGCCGAACGACAGAAAACUUUGCCUGGGAGACUGAAGUAAAUGGGGUUGGGGAAGGGGACGUUUCAUAUUCAUAAUGUGCUGAAGUUGCCAUAUUUUAAAUGUCAUUUAAUGCAGGUGAUCUGUUCAAACACACAUUUGUUCUAGCUCAAGCUGUAAGAAGUAGUGGUCAUAUCAGAAGUUUUCGUUUGUAAUUCUUUUCUCUCUCCUGUUCCCAAGUAGAUAGAAGUAGUACAUGCCACAGGCUUAUUAUCUGGGUAAAAUCUCUUGUAGAUGGGAAGAUGAGACUGAUA